GGCUGUUAUUUUUCCCAAAUCCCAGUUCCAGCUUCUCCCAUUUCUCUCAGACCAGAUCAGCUUCUCCAUUUCUCUCUCCAAAUUCCUUCAGACAGAAAAAUAAUAAUAGUAAAUAAUAAAUAAAUAAGAAAAGGUCAAUUCUCAAAUAAAUUCCAUUAAAUAUACAGUAGCAGUGAUGUACGUACAUAAAAAUGGUCAUUCUCAAUUCAGAGCGUAUUCAACUGAGCAGUACUAACUCGUUUCUUCUGUAAGUAACUUUUUUGGGGUCAUAUUUGAAGAAGAAAUGGAGAAGUUGUUAAAGGACUUCGAUUUGGACGGCAAGAAUCCGUCGGAAGAGGCUAGGAGGAGAUGGAGAUCUGCUGUUACUAUUGUAAAGAAUCCUCGCCGAAGGUUCCGUAAUGUCGCCGAUCUCGCCAAGCGAAAUGAACUUGAGAAGAAGAAGCAAAGGAUCCAGGAAACGAUAAGAGUUGCUCUUUAUGUUCAAAAGGCAGCUCUGCAGUUCAUUGAUGCUUAUAGUCGAACUGUCUACAACCUUCCGGAUGAUGCUAAAGAAGCUGGCUUUAGUAUUCAUCCAGAUGAACUGGCACAUAUUGUGCGAGGCCAUGACAUUAAGGGCUUGCGGAUAAAUGGUGGAGUUGAAGGAAUUGCACAGAAAGUCUCUGUCUCUCUGAAUGAAGGUGUCUGCACAAGUGAUGUACCUAUCAGACAGAAAAUCUAUGGCUUUAACCGUUAUGCAGAGAAACCUCCCAGAACGUUUUUGACAUUUGUCUGGGAAGCACUCCAAGACCUAACUCUAAUUAUCCUCAUGGUUUGUGCAGCAAUAUCAAUAGGGGUGGGAGUUGCCACUGAGGGGUUACCAAAUGGUAUGUAUGAUGGGUUGGGCGUUAUACUUAGUAUAUUAUUAGUGGUCAUGGUUACUGCUAUUAGUGACUACAAGCAAUCUUUGCAAUUUAGGGAUUUGGAUAGGGAGAAGAAAAAGAUAUCUGUCCAGGUCACCAGGGAUGGGUAUAGACAAGAGGUUUCCAUUUAUGACCUGAUUGUUGGAGAUGUUGUCCAUUUAUCUAUUGGGGACCAAGUUCCAGCUGAUGGGAUUUUUAUAUCGGGAUACAGCUUACUGAUUGAUGAGUCAAGCUUGACUGGAGAGAGUGAACCAGUGAAUAAAUAUGAAGAGAAUCCUUUUCUUCUCUCAGGAUCUAAAGUUCAAGAUGGUUCUGGUAAGAUGUUGGUGACAUCGGUGGGCAUGCAGACGGAAUGGGGAAAGCUGAUGGAGACUUUAAGUGAGAGAGGAGAGGAUGAAACCCCAUUGCAGGUAAAGCUGAAUGGUGUUGCUACAAUAAUUGGUAAGAUUGGUUUGGUAUUCGCAGUGCUUACAUUUCUGGUAUUGACUGUAAGGUUUCUGGUGGACAAAGCACUUCAUAACCAGUUUACACAUUUUUCAACCAGUGAUGCCCUGACGCUACUGAACUACUUCGCUGUUGCAGUAACUAUAAUUGUUGUUGCUGUACCCGAAGGGUUACCAUUGGCAGUGACUUUAAGCCUUGCAUUUGCAAUGAAGAAGUUAAUGAAUGAUAAGGCACUUGUGAGGCAUCUUGCUGCAUGUGAGACAAUGGGUUCUGCUAGUUGCAUUUGUACAGAUAAGACAGGGACCUUAACCACAAAUCAUAUGGUAGUUAACAAGAUAUGGAUCUGUGGACAAAGCAAAGAGAUGGAUACUGAGCGUGAAGGAAAUUUUCAAUUGGAUGUAUCUGAAAAAGUUUCAAGCAUCCUUUUGCAGGCUAUAUUUCAAAAUACUAGUUCUGAGGUGGUUAAGGAUAAAGAGGGAAAGACCAGAAUUCUAGGAACUCCAACAGAGUCUGCAUUAUUAGAGUUUGGCUUACAUCUGGGUGGCGAUUUUCAUGAGCAGCGUGCGGAGUCUAAUAUAAUAAAGGUUGAGCCUUUUAAUUCAGUCAGGAAGAAGAUGUCUGUCCUAACAACUCUUCCUGAUGGUAGGCUGCGGGCUUUCUGCAAAGGUGCAUCGGAAAUAGUUUUAAGAAUGUGUCAAAAAGUUGUAAAUAGUAACGGAGACUCAGUUCCUUUGUCUGAAGAAGACUUUAUGAAUAUAACAAAUGUUAUAGACAGUUUUGCCUCAGAGGCUCUGAGAACUCUCUGCUUGGCUUUCAAGGAUCUAGAUGAUUCUUCUUAUGAGAAUAUUCCUGAUGAUGGUUAUACAUUGAUAGCAAUAGUUGGAAUCAAGGAUCCAGUCCGUCCUGGAGUAAAAGAAGCUGUUCAAACAUGUUUAGCAGCUGGAAUUACUGUCCGAAUGGUUACUGGUGAUAACAUAAAUACAGCUAAAGCCAUAGCUAGGGAAUGUGGCAUACUUACAGAAGGUGGUUUAGCAAUAGAGGGGCUAGAAUUUCGUAACAAAUCUUCUAACGAGAUGAGGGAUAUUAUUCCCAAACUUCAGGUAAUGGCUCGAUCUUUGCCAUUGGACAAGCACACCUUGGUUAAAACUUUGAGGAAUUAUGGAGAGGUGGUUGCGGUGACUGGGGAUGGGACCAACGAUGCUCCUGCUUUGCAUGAAGCUGAUAUUGGGCUUGCCAUGGGUAUAGCAGGAACGGAGGUCGCUAAAGAAAAUGCCGAUGUCAUCAUUAUGGAUGACAAUUUUACUACCAUUGUGAAAGUUGCCAAAUGGGGACGUGCUGUUUAUAUAAACAUUCAAAAGUUUGUGCAGUUCCAAUUGACAGUUAAUGUUGUGGCUCUUAUGAUUAAUUUUGUUUCUGCAUGUAUCUCAGGAGCUGCUCCCCUCACUGCUGUGCAGUUGCUUUGGGUAAACUUGAUUAUGGACACUCUUGGUGCGUUGGCUCUGGCAACAGAACCUCCUAAUGAUGGACUCAUGAAGAGGCCACCAGUUGCGAAGGGUGCAAAUUUCAUCACCAAGGCCAUGUGGAGGAAUAUCAUUGGUCAGAGUAUCUAUCAACUGCUUGUCCUUGGAGUUCUUACUUUUGGUGGGAAGAAGCUACUGAGGCUGAAUGGUUCAGAUGCUAACCUUGUUCUCAAUACUAUGAUAUUCAACAUAUUUGUCUUUUCCCAGGUGUUUAACGAAGUAAAUAGCCGUAACAUUGAAAAAAUAAAUGUAUUCCGUGGCAUAUUCGACAGUUGGAUAUUCAUUAUGGUGAUGGCUUCAACAGUAGCGUUCCAAGCAAUCAUAGUUGAGUUCCUGGGAACUUUUGCACGCACUGUACCACUAAGCUGGGAACUUUGGCUACUCAGUGUCGUCAUUGGAUUUGUAAGUAUGCCAGUGGGAGUUGUUCUGAAGUGUAUUCCUGUUGUCCAAGAUUCAAGUAAGGCUAAGGAUCAAGAUGGUUAUGAACCACUUCCUUCUGGACCGGAAAUGGCAUGAGAAAUCAAUAAGAAUUUACCCUUUUAAGUAACUUCAGGUGCAAGUAACUCACAAAACUCUAGUAGAUAAAAAGAGAGACUCAUACUUACGCGGGCUAUUUUGCUCUGCUUUGUAUUUGGUGCUAGUGGUUGUAUUGAGCUUAUAUGUAGUUUGCAAUGGUUAACAAUCGACUUUUAAGCAGUUUAACCAUAAACUGUUGUAAGUUUAUUAUAAGCACAAUACAUCUUUCUUGCAUAUAUAGAUACCUAUGAAGAGAGGGCCUAAUCAAGUGGGCUACUGAUUA